GUCACUGGCCAGAUACUCAAAGUGAAGCCAGCAGUCCGUCAAGAUGUACAAAGUUGCCUGUGCGGUUUUGGCCUUGUUCGCAGUUGCCUACGCUGUUCCCUCGGCUUAUGAUACCGAGCACGUGUGGAAGGCGGGGAACCUGUCCUACGUUAUUCCCAAUAAUGCUGUUGUAGGUGGCUUCGACCCCUACGGAUUCAACACAUAUGUUGGUCGUGUUAAGUACGUGAAUGAUAUCCUGCCGGCUCGAGUUGUUGCGGAAACUGGCACCGCUUACUUCAAUACCGAAACCGCGUCCUCGAAGCUUCUUGUUUACGACAUCCUAGUGGCUGAGCGAGAUGUGAACUACGUGUGGGUCAGGAGCUUUGAUGGAUUCUAUGAAAAUGGAGCCGUUGCCGUGGGCACAACGCUCAAAAAUGAGCGGGUGUUUUGCUGCCGUGCCAAGGCCGAUGGAGGUAUCCUAAUCGGCACCCUUCUUCUCAGCACCCAGAAGCUCUGCAUCAUCAAGCACGAGAGCUUGGCCCUGCGAAAGUUUGACAAAUACGAAGUUCUGGUAGCCCAGCCCAAGGGCAAUGGAACAUACUACUAGAUUCCGGUCUCUGAUAUCCCGACACCCUAUUAAAAAAUGAAUAAAACAUAAUUUAUUUCAAAUAUA